GUCACUAACCGGGGCAUGGACCCAGCAAUGUUCAAGAACUUUCAGAACAUUAUUGAGAGGUGUUACAAUGUGGCAGGAAGAGGAACAUCAGGAACUGAAAAACUAACAAAGAAUGGAUACGACUUAAAUCGUCAGACAACAUGUCCCAUGGAGGAACCAACACCAACACCAACGCCUGAACAUGCCAGCGAAGAAAAGAAUGGCUGGGAGGACAAAAUAAUAGGAGUAAUCGGUGGGUUGGCUGCGCUCAGUUUUGGGAUUCUGUUUGUCUAUUGCUGUUUUGGACAGUUGAAAGAGGCAGCAAAGUGUUUCUGGGACCACCUAAAGGGGAGAUAG